GCACUACUACUAAUACAUAACGUGUCUGUUCGUCUGCUGGAGUUUCCUCAACUUGAAGGGGCAGAGUAUCAAUUAAACAGGACAAACCAGGUUGUCACUUUCUCAUAUGGAUACAGUGAUUCGCCGUUGCCCUUUCUUGACCGUUGUCCCCAGUGUUUUCCUUCAUCUGGGAGGUAAAACAUCACUGGGGAGCUAUGCCCAAAAGUGUCCAGUGAUGAUGGACCUGGUCUCCAGACCUCUGGCCAGAUCCUUGUCUUCUUCAACAUUUUCGUCCAAAGGCACUCUGAUGAAUGACGACCCAAACCACAGAGUCAACUUGCCUUCAGGCCACCUUGCACCACCUGCUGGCCAGGCUGUUGGCUCUAAAUGUCCUUUCCUGGCUGCAGAGAUGGUGCAGAAAAAGAACAGCGUCGUAAGAGAGGCCAGGAUGGAGCUGCAGGAGGAUGUCCAGGAGAUGCGCUCUUACCACAGCGGUACAACAGGUGUGGAUUUAUCGAGAGCAGAUCUUGUCAAAGCAGAAAAGGUCAUAUCUGCCAAAACAACUCACCUGCUAAAGGACAAUCUACCUAAAGUUUCCACCUUCCAGUAUGACCGAUUUUUUGAAAAGAAGAUUGAAAGCAAGAAAACAGAUCACACAUACAGGGUUUUCAAGACAGUGAACAGAUCUGCCCCCUCGUUCCCCAUGGCAGACGACUACUCAGAGUCUUUUCAUGCGAAGAGAAACGUGUCUGUGUGGUGCAGCAACGACUACCUCGGUAUGAGCCGUCACCCCAAAGUCAACCAGGCUAUCAUUGAGACAGUACGAAAGCACGGUGCUGGUGCAGGAGGUACACGAAACAUUUCAGGAACAAGCAAAUUUCAUGUGGACCUUGAAUCAGAAGUAGCUGACCUGCACGGCAAGGAUGCGGCGCUGCUGUUCACGUCCUGCUUUGUCGCCAAUGACUCCACGUUGUUUACUCUGGCAAAAAUGCUACCAGGUUGUGAAAUCUACUCUGACGCAGGCAACCAUGCGUCAAUGAUUCAGGGUAUAAGAAACAGUGGGGUCAAGAAGUUCAUCUUUCGUCAUAAUGACGUCAGCCACCUACAAGAUCUGCUUGAGAAGUCCGACCCCUCCACUCCAAAGAUUGUUGCUUUUGAGACAGUGCAUUCAAUGGAUGGGGCCGUGUGCCCACUUGAAGAAAUGUGUGAUGUUGCCCACAAGUUUGGUGCGAUUACUUUUGUGGAUGAAGUGCAUGCUGUGGGUCUGUACGGACCCAGAGGAGGCGGGAUUGGAGACAGAGAUAAAGUCAUGCACAAAAUGGAUAUCAUCUCUGGUACCCUCGGCAAGGCAUUCGGCUGUGUGGGUGGCUACAUCGCCAGCACCAGUGCCCUGGUGGACACAGUGCGCUCCUACGCUGCAGGCUUCAUCUUCACCACCUCCCUGCCCCCCAUGCUGCUGGCGGGGGCAAAGGAGUCCAUCAGGAUCCUGAAAAGUGAGGAAGGCCAGAUGCUCAGGAGGAAACAUCAGAGGAGUGUCAAACUGCUCCGACAUAUGCUGAUGGACUCUGGCCUUCCAGUGGUCCACUGCCCAAGCCACAUCAUUCCUGUCCGAGUUUCGGAUGCAGAGAAGAACACUGAGAUCUGCGACAUCAUGAUGUCUCGUUACAACAUCUACGUCCAGGCAAUCAACUACCCCACCGUAGCUAAAGGAGAGGAGCUGCUGCGCAUCGCCCCCACACCACACCACACUCCCCAGAUGAUGUACUACUUUGUUGAUCGGCUGGUAAAGACAUGGAAGGAGGUUGGCUUGGAGCUGAGGCCACACUCCUCAGCAGAGUGUAACUUCUGCCAGCAACCACUCUACUUUGAGCUGAUGAGUGAGAGAGAGAAGUCCUACUUCAAAGAUCUUAGUCACGCGAUAUCAGCAGUGGCCUGACGUCAUCCGAAAAACUAAAUCUUAGCAAUAAUUGUGGUAUUUAUUUAAUUUAUAUGAAAUAUAUCACUGCAUAUUAAAUGUUCAAUAUGUGGUUAAAGUGUUCAUUUACUUCUGUGUGUUUAUUUUUAUAGAUUUUGGCCGAUACGUUUAUUUAUUCUUUCAUCGAAGUGUAAAAUGUGCUUUUCAGUGGAGGACUCAAUCAUGACUAAGAAACUCUGAGUAAGCAUUAUAUAUAAUUUCCUUCCUAAAGGCCAUACA